GUAUUCUUGGCUAGGAUGGCAUUUUAGGACCCAGAUAGGGUGCUUUGAAGAGCAAUUGGAUCCCAGUGACUGACUCCCAGAGCCACUUACGUGACCCCACCGCCACACUGGUCUUUAACCAGACACCAUGCCACAGGAAGAGUGAGCUCCUGCUGUUUUCACCAUGGAGGAGUCAGGAAAGACUUUCAGCUCUGGGGAGGAAGAGGCAAACUACUGGAAAGAUAUGGCUAUGACCUACAAGCAAAGGGCAGAGAACACGCAGGAGGAGCUCCGAGAAUUCCAGGAGGGCAGCCGGGAAUAUGAAGCCGAACUGGAGACGCAGCUGCAGCAGAUCGAAACCAGGAACAGGGACCUCCUGUCAGAAAAUAACCGUCUCCGCAUGGAGCUGGAGACCAUCAAGGAGAAGUUGGAAACGCAGCACUCGGAAGGCUACCGGCAGAUCUCAGCCUUGGAGGACGACCUUGCCCAGACCAAAGCAAUUAAGGAUCAACUUCAGAAAUACAUCCGAGAGCUGGAGCAAGCAAACGAUGACUUGGAAAGAGCAAAACGGGCCACAAUCAUGUCUCUGGAAGACUUUGAGCAGCGUUUGAAUCAAGCCAUUGAAAGAAAUGCCUUCCUGGAGAGCGAACUGGACGAGAAGGAGAAUCUCCUAGAAUCUGUUCAGCGGCUGAAGGAUGAAGCCAGAGAUUUGCGGCAGGAGUUGGCCGUGCAGCAGAAGCAGGAGAAGCCCAGGACCCCCAUGCCCAGCUCAGUGGAGACCGAAAGGACGGACACAGCCGUGCAGGCCACUGGCUCCGUGCCGUCCACACCUGUGGCUCAUCGGGCACCCGGCGCUAGCUUAAACAUGCCGGGGACGUUCAGACGCGGUCUGGACGACUCCACGGGUGGGACCCCCCUCACUCCUGCAGCACGGAUAUCGGCCCUCAACAUUGUGGGAGACCUGCUUCGGAAAGUAGGGGCCCUGGAGUCGAAGCUUGCGUCCUGCCGGAACUUCGUGUAUGAUCAGUCCCCAAACCGAACGAGUGGCCCAGCCUCGGGACGGGGGAGCAGGCACAGAGAUGCCGGUGAGAGACAGCCGAGCAGCACCGGUGUGCCUCUGGGUGACAAAGGGUUGGGAAAACGCCUGGAGUUUGGGAAGCCGCCUUCAAAUACUUCCUCACCGUCGCUGCCGUCAGCCCAGGGUGUAGUCAAGAUGUUGCUUUAGGAAAUCCACGGAAGCUGAAGCCCCGGUGUGUCCGUGCGGGAGUCCUGCCUUUCCUCCCCUCUUUAAACUAGGUGUUUGUGUUUUUAAGUUAGUUUGAGAAAUAGGAGCAAACAGUCACAUUAGCCAACGAGGCCAUCGCCCAUGGUCGUCCCGGGGAAAUGUGUCACGGUCCCCAUCUUUGCUGGUGCGGACAGGGACAAACGGGACCGUCUGGUAAGGGCUCAGAGGUGCGGAAGCUGAGGCUACCCCAUCCCUGUGAGCUGACCGGAGUCCCGAAUGGUUCUGAGAUGAGUUUUUAAUGUCUGGAGAUGCCUUCAACGUGGCGUGUGAGUCCACCUCAGGACAGAACCCCCCAGUGCUCUGUGGCACAGGAAGUGUCUGUGUAAUGAAGUCAUGUCUAGGAGAGAGGGGCACAAUAGGCCCCUGCCUUUUUAAAAAGAAUCUAUGCUGUCAUGUACCUCUGGGACUUUUUAAUCUGCCUCUCCCUGAGGCACUGAGAAGAGGUGUUUGUGUUUCUGAGGAGAUCUUAAGCUUCCUCGUCAAAGAAGAAACAAACACGGGAUUUCCACGUGGACGUUGUGUGUGCUCAACCCUGCUUGGUGUGAGCUGCCGCCUCACACCUUUGGAGGCAAGUAAAUAGAACACACGAAAUCAGGAGCAUGCCUGCAGCUUAAUGGCCUUUUUGUCACUAAAUUAUUUUUCCAAAAGAAUAGCAAAAACGUCCUUGAGUUGAAGAUAGAACUUUGCAAGUGCUACUGAAAUUCAACAGACAGUUGGGCUCUGCUGGCCGGCUCCUUACCCUAGGAACAUUCUAACCUGUAUCGGUGAAAGACAUACUUUUAUUUUUUUAAACGAACAAUAAAAUCAAGAGAAACUAAGUUUCACCUAGUUUGUGGCGGUGGAGGUAAAUGCCAGUAAAUGCCGCUUCAUUUGUGUUUUCCUGUUCGCUAGCACGGUUUGCACGGUGGUGAGAACCUUGUUUUUUAACCAGGUAACUAAACAGAAAAAGGAAACCCUACUUGUAAAAAUUCGCUUCAAGUCCGUUCCUUAGAAGGAAGUGUAUUUGGGAUAUGUGUGUGUAUUGCUUGGGGUAUAUUUGCUUAUGGUCACUGGCUUGAGUUUUUCGGUUUGCAUUAUUUCUUCUCAGAUCUAUUGGACCCCCACGGAGUCGGUGUGUGGACUUGUUUUGUGUUAAAUAGAACUUUUGCAAGGGAUCUCUAUCUGGAACACUCAAGCUGAGGAAGGAAAUGACCCACAGCCUGGUGUUGCAUGGCCCCCGCAGUAGGAAUGGCUUUUAUGUUUUUAAAAGGUUGUUUAAAAAAAAAAAAAAAA